AUGCCUCCUCCGAAGGGAUCUUCUCUGUGGGACAACCCCGAAUUCCUCAGCAAUGUCAUCAUUGGUCUUUAUGAGGCUGGGACCAUAUCCAAAGGCCUCUCUCCCAAGAUGAGAGAGGGGAUUGUCCAGUACCUCAACAACUGCGGUCACUCUGUCACUUGGGAGGGAAUACGAUCUAUGCAGAGAUGGGACGCCCAUACCCAUGAAGACAUCUUGCUUGCACUUUUCCAGCACGUCAAGAUACCGACUUCUGAUAUCCAGAAGGUGAUGGGUGAACUCAAAGCCAAGGGAUACACCUUUACUGAAAACGCGCUUCGGUACAACAGCCUCUUCGGUUUUUCUCGUGGAUGGGAUGAAAACUCGCAUCGCGAUCUUCUGCUUGCCUUCAUCUACGAGACCAAAGCUACCAAGGCUAUCAUUACCAACAUCACCGAAAGAAUGAAGCUCAUGGGCCACACUUAUUCCUUCGAUGCCAUCAAGUACUCGCUCGCCCAGCACGUUCAGAAGCUUCGCAAGCAAAAGGACAUCUCGAGCAUUCAGAAUGCCGGAGGAAUGGAAACUCCCACCAAGGGAACACCGUCCAAGGCUACUCCUCGCAAGGGAGCCUCUGCCAAGAAGGCUGCAGGCAAGGGCUCUCGAAAGCGCUUCGCCAGCGAUGAUUCUGAAAUCGAUGAUGACGAUUUCAAGAAGGAGGAGGGCCUCUCUGACGUCGAGCGGUCCCCCUCCAAGAAGCCCGUGAAGCGCGUCAAGAAGGAGCCUUCACCUGGUCUCGACGACGACUGCCAGGUUUAA